GGGAUCAUGGUGCCAAAGCCGGGAGGCGGAGCGGUGUCUCCCGGCGCGCUCUGCCUCGCCGCUGCCCUCUGUGGGAUCUUCAGCUUCGGCUUCUUGAUUGCAGCCAUCGGCACCGACUACUGGUACUUGGUCCGCGUGGACUUAGCUGGGAAGAGCAACCUCAGUGCUUGGGAGGCAGAGCAGCUGAGUUCUCACUCCGGACUCUGGCGUCUCUGCGAAGGGCGGAAUGCCUGUAUGCCUCUAAUUGACCCAUUUGGCCCACAGAGUUGGCAGGUUCCAGCCUCCCUCCAGCAUCUCAUCUGCAUGCAUCGAGCCUUCGUGGUCCUCCUGCCCCUCAGCCUCACGUUGAUUGUUUUUGGCUGGAUCUGCGGGAUCAUCGGUUCUUUGGCUCGCAGCUACCGGGUUCUGCUGUUCACAGGCUGCUAUUUUCUGCUUGGCGCACUGCUGACACUCUCGGGGACCAGCAUCUACAUCGUCUAUUCCGAGGCAGCUUUUGCUGAGACUGUGCACAUGUUUGACCGGCAGCGCUUUGAGCAUGUCCAUGUUGCCUUUGGCUGGUCCCUGGCACUAGCCUGGCUCUCUUUCAGCGCUGAAACACUGGCUGGCAUCCUGCUCCUUCUGGCUGCUCGGGGUCUCUGCCUGAAGCUGCGCACGGGCUCAGGGGUCAUCUGAUACUAAGAGAGGGGGAUGCAGCGUUGCCAGGGGUUACAGGGCCAG